CGCGGGGUCGUGACGCAACAGCAGCAUUUAGCUCUGCGCGAGCGGCGCGCCUGAACGCGUCAUUGCGAUUCGAGAGGUGUAUUUUGUAAACCGGCUUGGGCUCGGUUAGAGUGCGAGUCGUUCUCCUCUUUCGAGCCCUGAGGAAGAAACGGAGGAGCCGUUCGCGGCGGGACCUCCUUCGCUUGCCACCAUGAUGAGGCGCAGCAGGGCGGAAAUAGACCGCUAUGUCUCCUCGUUGCAGGCCUCGGCCCCUUCUCCCAGAGAAAAAUCCAUGAAAGGAUUCUUUUUUGCUAAGCUGUAUUAUGAAGCAAAGGAAUACGAACUUGCUAAAAGGUACAUAUCUACAUAUCUCAGUGUCCAAGAAAGAGAUCCCAAGGCUCACAAAUUCUUGGGACAACUCUAUGAAGCUGAAGAAAACAUAGAGAAAGCUGUAGGCUGUUAUAAGCGUUCUGUGGAGUUGAACCCAACACAGAAAGAGCUCGUAUUGAAGAUUGCAGAACUUCUAUGCAGUAAUGACAUUACUGAUGGAAGAGCAAAAUACUGGGUUGACAGAGCAGCCAAGCUCUUUCCUGGAAGCCUUACAGUUUUUCGACUAAGGGAACGCCUGUUGGAUGGGAAGAGCGAGGAUGGGUGGAACCAGCUUUUUGACUUGAUCCAGUCAGAGUUGUAUGCCAGACCAGAUGAUGUUUAUGUUAACAUUAGAUUAGUAAAGCUGUACAUGUCAAACAAAAAUCUUGCAGAUGCUGUGGCACACUGUCAAGAAGCAGAGAAAAGAAUAUCCUUGCAAUCAAGCUUGGAAUGGUGUUCAUGUGUUGUACAAACACUUAAGGAAUAUCUUGAAUCUGCACAGGAUUCUGAAUCUGAUAAAUCUAGUUGGAGAAAGACCCAUCGGGAUCUCUUGUUGGCUUACUCAAAUCUGGUUGUAAUGACACUUUCGAACAGAGAUGUAGAAGAAAGCAGAGAAUCACUUCAAAGCUUUGAUCAUGCACUUCAUUCAGUGAAAGCUCAUGCAGCUGGAGGUGAUGAACUUUCUGUAACUUUCCUUGAAAUGAAAGGCCACUUCUACAUGCAUGCUGGAACUCUGCUGCUGAAAAUGGCCCAGGAAAGUGAAAUGCAGUGGAGGGCUGUUUUUGAAUUGGCAGUUUUGUGUUAUCUUCUAGCUUAUCAGGUUCCUAGACCAAAGUCAAAACUAAUAAAAGGAGAUCAAGCUGAACAGGAGAAGUUGGAAAUGUUAGCCUGUGACCGACAGAGCCAAUCUGGACAUAUGUUGCUAAACCUAAGCCAUGGCAAGCAGGAUUUUUUCAAGGAGAUUGUUGAAUCAUUUGCAAACAAAAGUGGGCAAUCUGCUUUAUUUGAUGCACUAUUUGGGAGUGGUUCUUCUAGAGAGAGCUCCUUCCUUGGCACAGAUGAUAUCAGAAAUGUUGGUGUACAGCCACCAGAAUGUAUAGAAUUAACUAGAUAUGAUAUUGGUGCUAUUAGAGCGCACAGUGGUAGUCUCCAACACCUCACAUGGCUUGGUCUGCACUGGAACUCCAUAUCAACUCUUCAAGCAAUGCGCAAAUGGUUAAAGCAGCUUUUCCAUUUGCCUCAGGAAACAUCAAGGCUUGAGACAAAUGCUCCUGAAUCAAUUUGCAUGUUGGACCUUGAAGUAUUUCUGCUUGGGGUGAUAUUCACCAGUCAUUUGCAGUUACAAGAGAAAUUUAAUACCAAGUAUACUGUACAUCAGCCUCAAAUGCUGCCACUGCCAGUAUGCAAACAACUUUGUACCGAGAGGCAGAGGGCUUGGUGGGAUGCUGUUUUCACUCUUGUUCACAAACGAGCUGUACCUGGGACAGCAGCAAAAAUGAGACUUCUGGUCCAACAUGAAAUAAGCAUCCUCAGAGCCUUAGGAAAACAUGGUCUUCAACCAGCUCUGAUUGUGCACUGGGCAAAAAGUCUCCUUAAAACAGGCUGUAGUCUUAAUUCUUUCUAUGACCAAAGGGAAUACAUUGGACGAAGUGUUUAUUACUGGAAAAAAGUUUUGCCAAUGCUUGAGACAAUCAAGAAGAAGAGAAGUAUUCCUGAACCAGUUAACCCUUUGUUCAAUCACUUUCACAGUGACGAUAUUCAGGUGUCUCAGGUUGAUGAAUAUCAAGAAGAAGCGCAAAUAGCAUUUGCUAUUUUGGAUGCUGUUGAUGGAAAAACAGAUGAUGCUCUGCAAGCAUUUGAAACUAUUAAAAACGUUGUCUCUUACUGGAAUCUUGCUCUAAUUUUCCAGAGGAAAGCUGAAGAGAUGGAAAAUGAUAGUCUGUCAUUAGAAGAACAAGAAGAAUGCAGAAACCAUCUGAAAAAGAGCAGAGACUACCUCAUAAAAAUAAUUGAUGAAAGCUGCAGCGAUACUUCAAAAAUUGAAAAGUUACCUGUAUCCAUAGAGAAAGUUAAGGAGAUGCUGGAUUGUGUUAUAGAAGAACUUGGAGAGAAUGGUGAAGAAAGAAAUCUUAUCCUAAACAAUGAUUUGAGCCAACCACCAGAAAUGGAAAUUAAACAUUCUACCCCGUCACCCACAAAAUUCUCUCUAUCUCCAAUUAAAAGCUACAAGUUCUCUCCCAAAACUCCCCCUCGCUGGGCAGAAGAUCAAAAAUCUCUACUUCAGAUGAUCUGUCAGCAAGUAGAAUCUAUCAAGAAUGAGAUGCAAGAAAUUAAACUUAACAAUUCUAAUGCAACCAUGUCACAGCGGUGGCCUGCUGAAAACUAUGCAACAGAUACCUUGUCAGAUGGCUAUCGAGCACAGAACUUUCAUGGCGCACCAUUAACUGUUGCUACAACAGGUCCAUCAGUCUACUACAACCCAUCACCAGCUUAUAAUUCCCAGUAUCUUUUACGAACUGCAGCCACAAAUGUGACACCCACAAAGGCUCCUGUCUAUGCCAUGAAUAGGCUUACACCUCAGCAACAUAUAUACACGUAUCAACAGCCAAUGCAUACUCCUCCAUUGCAGAACACUUCUGCUUGUAUGUUUCCACAAGAAAUGUACAGUACUCCACUACGUUUUGAUUCUCCAGCAACUGGAAUUUUGUCCCCUCGUGGUAAUGAGGACUACUAUAAUUAUAGCAUGCCACCAACCAGCACAAAUCCACCACUUCCUGAGCCAGGCUAUUUUACAAAACCUUCAAUAGCACCCCCAGUGUCCAGGUCUGCAGAGUCAAAAGUGAUAGAAUUCGGGAAGCCUGACUUUGGACAGCCUUUACCUCCAGUAGAGGGAGCUAAACCUUCGUUGAUAAGUUCUGCUCAGUCGGCUCAGUCAACCACUUUCAAAUUUAAUUCCAAUUUCAAAUCUAAUGAUGGUGAUUUUACUUUUUCAUCACCUCAAGUUGUAGCACAGGCUCAAAGCACAACCUAUAGUAAUAGUGACAGUCUCUUGGGCCUUCUGACGUCAGAUAAACCUAUCAAAGAGGAUCGGUACACUGCACAAAAGCCACUUACUGAAUAUGCCACUGGACAGCGCAACAUCUUCAGUUUUGGUGGCAAGAAUGCAUCAAGCAUUUCAUUUAUAGAUAAAAUGGGGCAAAAUCAACCCAAGCUCUCUGGUUUUAGUAAGGGUGAUGUGUUCAGCUUUCAGGAUCCUGGCAAACCCAUAUUUGGCACUCCACAUUCAGAUGUAGCAAACAGAAGUCAUGAAACAGAUGGAGGAAGUGUCUAUGCGGGUGAAGAAGAAGAUGAUGGCCCUCAUUUUGAACCUGUUGUGCCACUACCAGACAAGAUUGAAGUAAAAACAGGUGAAGAAGAUGAAGAAGAAAUGUUCUGCAACAGAGCAAAACUCUUUCGUUUUGAUGGUGAAUGCAAAGAGUGGAAAGAGAGAGGUGUUGGUAAUGUGAAAAUUCUGAGGCAUAAAAUAACUGGCAAAAUCCGACUACUUAUGAGACGGGAGCAAGUGCUGAAAAUUUGUGCAAAUCACUAUAUAAAUCCUGAUAUGACACUGAAACCAAAUGCUGGAUCAGACAAAUCAUUGGUGUGGCAUGCCUUGGACUAUGCAGAUGAGUCUCCAAAACCUGAGCAACUUGCAAUCAGAUUCAAAACCCCAGAGGAAGCUAUGCUUUUCAAACGGAAAUUUCAGGAAGCACAGAAUAGUUUGAAAGUCUCUGGAUCAAAUGAUAGUGAACAGGCUUCUCAGGAUACUGGGUCAUCAAGAGAAACUGCUGCUCAAGAUGCAAAAGGUUCUGGUAAAUCUGAUUCUGAAUUCCUGAGCUCUGGAUUCAACUUUAAGAUUGGAACAUCCACUGUCAGUGGUAGUUAUCAAGUUCCUGUUCCCAAUAUGAGCAAUUCAGCAAAAAACACUAAUACCAAAAGUACUUUUACAAUUACAUCAAGCGGAGCUACACCUGCAUCCUUCUCUUUUGGUAAGGAAGUGUCAGGAAUGCAUGCUACAUGUGGAUUUGGUGAACAGUUCAUGUUAAAGAAAGAUCAGUGGGAGUGCAACACGUGCUUAGUUAGAAAUAAAAUAACUGCACAGAAUUGUGUGGCAUGCCAGACUCCAAAUCCAUCUAAUAGGGAAGCACAGUCUGUGCUCCCGCCAACAGAAUCAGCUGUAUCUUUCAAACCCAGCACUGAAAGUGCACAAAGUACAUUUGGACUAGUUUCUGCUAAAAAGGAAAACCAGUGGGAAUGCAGGAGCUGUCUUGUGAAAAAUGAAGCCAAUGCAUCUCAUUGUAUUAGCUGUAAGAAUCCCAGUGGAACUAACAUGCCGGUGUUUGGUUCCCAAACCACAUUCAAGUUUGGCCAAACAGAUGCUCCAAAAGUCCUGCAGAGUGGAUUUGGCUCUGCUUUUUUGAAAAAGGAGGGCCAGUGGGACUGCAAUGUAUGUUUAGUAAGGAACGAAGGCUCUUCUCCAACGUGUGCAGCUUGUCAAACUCCAAAUCCAUCUAGUGAUGCUCCAGCUUUACCAGCUAGUGGUGCUCAGCUGCCUGCAUGUGGCUUCAAAAGCAAGUUAUCUGAACCCACUGGAGGACCACAGGGGACAGGCUUUAAAUGUGACAUAUCUGAGAAGGGUUUUAAGUUUGGCCAUCAUGCAGAGCAAGGGAAGUCUCCUGCCUUCACAUUUCAGAUUCCUGCUAGUACUGAAUCUAAGCCUGUGAAAGGAGGAUUUAAUUUUUCACUGCCUGUACCUCCUGGUGAAUUUAAAUUUGGUAUACAAGAGCCUAGUAAAGAUGUUGUAAAUGACCAACAGAAUAAAGAAGGUGGUCUUGAUGAAAGAGAGAAGGCAUUGGAAGAAACUGUGGUGAAAUCUCAUGAUAUAACUAGCAAACAGAAUAGCGAUUUGGUUUUUGGUCAACACAGCAGCACAUUCACUUUUGCUGACCUUGCAAAAACAUCUGUAGGUGAAGGAUUUCAGUUCGGUAAAAAAGAUCCAAAUUUCAAGGGCUUUACAGGUGCAGGUGAAAAGCUCUUCUCUUCUCAGGCUGCUAAAACUUCUUCCAAAACAAUUACUUCUGCUGAUCUUGAGAAGGAUGAUGACUCAUAUAAAACAGAAGACAACGAUGAUAUUCAUUUUGAUCCUGUUGUCCAGAUGCCAGAAAAAGUGGAACUUGUGACUGGCGAAGAAGAUGAGACAGUGUUGUAUUCACAAAGAGUAAAACUGUUUCGGUUUGAUGCAGAAACUAGCCAGUGGAAAGAACGUGGUGUGGGCAACUUGAAAAUCCUUACGAAUGAAGUUAAUGGUAAACUACGAAUCCUCAUGCGGCGUGAGCAGGUAUUUAAGGUUUGUGCGAACCACUGGAUCACAACCACCAUGAACUUGAAGCCUCUCUCUGGCUCAGACAAAGCUUGGAUGUGGUUAGCCAGUGACUUCUCUGAUGGUGAUGCAAAGCUGGAGCAAUUGGCAGCUAAAUUCAAAACUCCAGAGCAAGCUGAGGAAUUUAAAAUGAAAUUUGAAGAAUGUCAAAGGCUAUUGCUAGAUAUACCACUCCAGACCCCACACAAACUCAUAGAUACUGGGAAAACAGCUGAACUCAUACAGAAAGCAGAGGAAAUGAAAAGUGGUUUGAAAGAUCUCAAAACCUUCCUGACAGAUGAUAAAACUAAACUUGCAGAUGAAGAGAGAGAAAGCUCUGUGCCUGCAACAAACACUUCUGAUUUGGUUAUCAAGCCACAUGCUGAAAGCACUGGGCCUACACUAGAAUGGGACAACUAUGAUUUGCGUGGGGAAGCACUGGAUGAUAGUACAGAUAGUUCUGUGUAUGCUUUGCCUCGAGCAAGUAGCCCUGUGAGGAAAAAUCUAUUUAGGUUUGGGGAGUCUACCACAGGGUUUAACUUUAGUUUUAAAUCUGCAUUAAGUCCUUCAAAAUCUCCUUCCAAACAGAACCAAAGUAGGACUUCUAUAGGCACAGAUGAGGAGUCUGACGUUACCCAAGAAGAUGAAAGAGAUGGUCAGUAUUUUGAGCCAGUAGUACCUUUACCUGACCUUGUAGAAGUAACAAGUGGCGAAGAAAAUGAGAAAGUUGUCUUCAGUCACCGCGCUAAACUUUAUAGAUAUGACAAAGAUGCUAAGCAGUGGAAAGAGAGGGGUAUUGGGGAUAUAAAAGUCUUGCAAAACUAUGACACUAAACAAGUUCGUAUAGUCAUGAGAAGGGACCAGGUGUUAAAGCUUUGUGCCAAUCAUAGAAUAACCCCAGAUAUGAACAUCCAGAAAAUGAACGGCACAGAGCGGGCUUGGGUAUGGACUGCAUGUGACUUUGCAGAAGGAGAAAGAAAAAUUGAGCUCUUGGCUGUGCGAUUUAAGCUGCAAGACAUUGCUGACUCGUUUAAGCAAAUUUUUGAGGAAGCAAAACAUGCUCAAGAAAAAGACACCUUAAUCACACCACUCUCUUCACGUGCCAAUACUCCAAAGGAAUCUCCAUGUGGAAAGAUUGCUGUUGCAGUACUUGAAGAAACCACCAGGGAGAGAACCGAUUUAAAGCAGGAUGACGAAACUGUUAUACAAACCCCAGAGGCUUCAGCAGUGGUGGGCACUUCCGAAACACCAACAAAAGCAGUGGUUUCACCACCCAAAUUUGUGUUUGGCUCAGAAUCUGUCAAAAGUAUUUUUAGCAAUGAAAAAUCUAAGCUUUUCACAUUUGGAAACACAUCAGCAACAGGGUCUCUCUUUGGCUUCAGUUUUAACACUCCUCCCAAGAGCAAAAGUGAUAGCUCAGUAUGUCAUACCACGAAACAAAGAGAACCAGAGACCACAUAUGACACUACAACCUGCAAAGUUGCUGAAUGUCAGGAAGGUGGUGAUGCUGAUUGGAAACCCUCAGAUGGCAAAGGAGGAAUUCAAAUGGUGACCUCAAAAGCAGAAGGACUUCCUAAUUUUUCGUUUAAAACACUAGAAAAAGCAGUUGAGAUUAAGAAGGAACCAGAUGAAACAGUCACUUCAGAUGAUGUUUUCAUUGUAUACGAGUUAACCCCCACACCUGAGCAAAGAGCUCUUGCAGACUCCCUUAGAUUACCGCCAACAUUCUUCUGCUACAAGAACAAACCUGGGUAUCUAAGUGAAGAUGAUGAUGAUGAGGACUAUGAAACAGCUGUGAAAAGGCUUAAUGGAAAGUUGUAUCCUGAUGAAACUGAAGAACAUCCACAACUAAGAGAAAGUGAUACAAAUCGUCUCUGUUUAGCUGUCGAAGGAAAAAAUGAACCAGAAUGUGGAAGUGAGUGUGUUCUUGUCUGGGAAAAGAAACCAACUCCUAAAGAAAAGGCUAAAGCAGAGACCCUAAAGCUUCCUCCAACCUUUCUGUGUGGUAUUGGCAGCGACACUGAUGAAGACAAUAACUCUGAAGACUUUCAAACAGAACUUAAAAAAGUUCAAGAAACUAAAGAAGCUCAAGCAGAAGAAGUAACCAGUUCAACUGAUGAUAUGUGCCUCAUUAAGGAAGAAGUGCCUGUUGUAGCAGCCAGUAGACCUGAAGAACUGGAUUCUACUACUGAACCUACACAUACUAUGCAGACUUUAUUAGGAGCAGAUGACAAACCUGUUGAUUUGUCAACUAAAAAAGAAAGUGAUCCCAGUUCUACAACCUCUACAAACCAAGAAAACAAGCCUUUCUCAUUUGUCCUUGGUAAUGCACCUGGCUUGUCAUUUGCUGAUCUGGCAUCAAAUAAUUCUGGUGAUUUUGCUUUUGGUUCUAAAGCAGACAAAAACUUCAAGUGGGCAAAUACAGGAGCAACUGUUUUUGGAGGACAGACAGCUACUAAAGGAGAUAAUGAAGAUGAUGAAAGUGAUGAAGAAGUUGUACAUAGUGAUGAUAUUCAUUUUGAACCAAUUGUAUCACUGCCAGAGGUUGAGGUGAAGUCAGGAGAAGAAGAUGAAGAAAUUAUCUUCAAAGAGAGGGCAAAACUCUACAGAUGGGACAGAGAAGUCAAUCAAUGGAAAGAACGUGGUGUGGGUGAAAUUAAGAUUCUCUUCCAUACACAGAAGAAACUAUACCGAAUUUUAAUGAGAAGGGACAAAGUUUUCAAAGUCUGUGCAAAUCACAUGAUCACAAAAACAAUGGAUCUAAAGCCCUUGAAUACCUCAAACAAUGCUAUGGUUUGGACUGCAACAGAUUAUACUGAUGGUGAAGCUAAGAUAGAGCAGCUUGCUGUCAGAUUUAAAAGCCAAGAGCUGGCUGAUUCCUUCAAGAGGAAAUUUGAAGAAUGUCAGCUAAGCUUCUCAGAGUUACAGAAGAACCAUGUAUCCCUGGCAGCAGAAUUGUCAAAGGAAACUAACCCUAUAGUAUAUUUUGAAGUUUCUGCUGAUGACGAACCUCUAGGUCAUGUAACCAUAGAAUUGUUUUCAAAUAUUGUUCCACAAACUGCUGAGAACUUCAGGGCAUUAUGCACAGGAGAAAAAGGAUUUGGAUUCCAAAAUUCCAUGUUUCACAGAAUAAUCCCAGAUUUUAUCUGUCAAGGAGGUGAUAUCACUAGACAGGAUGGUACAGGUGGACAAUCUAUCUAUGGAGAUUCAUUUGAGGAUGAAAACUUUGAAAUAAAACACACUGGUCCUGGCUUACUAUCGAUGGCAAAUUGUGGCAGAGACACCAAUAAUUCUCAAUUCUUUAUCACUCUUAAAAAAGCAGAGCACUUGGACUUUAAACAUGUUGUCUUUGGGUUUGUAAAGGAUGGUAUGGAUGUUGUGAAAAAAAUAGCAUCUUUUGGUUCUCCUAAAGGAGUAGUGUCAAAAAGAAUUGUGAUUACAGACUGUGGGCAAAUAUAAAAUCAUUGCUAUGGCAUGUAUGCGGAUAGACUAAAAGAAAUCAAUGUUCAGCAGAUUUAGACAAAAUUAUGUUCAGCUUUUUUAAAAAAAUGAACAUUUCUGAUGUAUAAAUGUAAAGUUACAGCUUAUAGCUGAGUACUUUUUUAGUGUUUCAAUUGACUUUGCAUGUUGUGAAACAAAAGUUCAAACACUGGUAAAUUUCAGGUGUAUUUUUGUUUCCUCCUCAUUUUUGUAUUAAAUGAUUAAAAUGAAAUACCAGGAGUCUAAAGUUCUAUUACUCUGGUUUGUACACGUUUCCUAGUUUAACUGAAAUGUUCCAAUAAAAUUAUAAACUAA